GUCCUUUCCUUUUUUCAGUUUUCGUGCGGCCUUACCUUUCGUGUUUUUCUAGCGCUGCUAAUGUUAACCCGUGAGAAUGAUUCUAAGGUUGUUUUAUGCUACUGUUGGCGUAGGCCGGUUCAGUAACUCUCUGAAGUGUGCAGGCAAUCGGUUUAAGUGGGGCCCGCUCUCAGAAACAAAAUUAGUCUUAACCUUUUCUCGACCGGACCUCUACACACCGCGUAUGGGAAACUCAUCAACUUACUACGAUACGAAUACCAUGAUGGCCCAGUGGCCAACGAAUUCCUUCAUGAGCUCUGUUGCUGAUCGUUACGCUGCCGAUCAUAAAGUGAUGGCAAUGCUGAGAAUGGGGGCGGAUAGAGAAGAUGACGCACCACGCCCCCUCGCGGGCUACUACGACAGCAUUAUUUCGAAUAAUAUCGCGAAGGUGCAAGUAUAUUACCGUACAACUGCAGUGCAGCACUUGGAACAACAUCCGUUCGUCACGUGGCACGGUUUAUAGGUAACCUUGGUGGAGCGCUUGGACUGUGCUGGGACUAUCCAUUCUCACAGCUUUCGAAUUCAUUGAAUUAAUAUUUGACUUCGCCGUGCAUUGUUUGAAGUCCGUAACACGCAAGUCAUCACGAACGUGUGUGGAAACGAAGUCGCGUGCCCCGACCGUGUCACCAAGCACGGUGCGUCCUUACUCUGAAAGAUCAACGGAUUCCGUGCAAAGUUAAGAAAAAAAUGCCGGUCAGAUGUAUGCGUUGUUCAGUCGAUGUACCAUCGGAAUGCUUGCGUACGAACUCUACCAAUAGUGUCGCAGUAGCAUAUUUGAAAUUUAAAAAAUGUAAAAGUAAUAACAUUGAAAGGGAAAUAAACGAAUAAAUAAUAAUAAUAAUAAUAAUAAUAAUAAUAAUAAGAUAAUAAAAUAAUAGUUGAAGGAAGAUUGUAGCCUUCCGGUUACGUUGUCCAAAUGUUGUCUGUUUAAAAAACUAUAUAGCCUUCCGGUUACGUUGCCCAAAUGUUGUCUGUUUAAAAACUAUAUAGCGUUCCGGUUACGUUGUUCAAAUGUUGUCUGUUUAAAAAACUAUAUAGAUUUUCGAUUACGUUGUUUGAGUGUUGUCGAUUUAAAAAAUGAUUCAGCGAGAUAUACGCACACGUGGUCUUAUUUACAUUCGUUAUUUAUUCUCUAUUGUGGUU